CUUGACGAAGACCUCGCUGCAAAACGCAUAAAAAUAAAUCAGGCUUCGUCUUCCACAGACCAUUCUGUCCUCACACAUUCAAGGUUCUUCCCCUUUCCAUCGAUGUCACAACAGCAGGUGGAACUACCCGAGGACGAUCUGAUGCCCAGUUCACGUAUCCCACACCCCCUAUCUGAUAAAGAAAAUCUCCCCGAUCAUGCCGACAACGUUAUAGUAGUCGAGGAAUUGGACGAAAUUCUUGAAGAGCCCCGGGAUCCUGUUACACAAGAAGAUGGGUACCUGUCACCUUCCCCAUCCUACUUCCGAUCAGCCACACCUGAUCUUUCUUCACCUGUACGGCCGUAUAACCCCGCACGGCAUGAUCGUCGUGACGGAGACGACUUCGGCGCUGAUAUCGUCCCCAGCCCCACGGCAGUGAGAACAAUCACGCGACAUGCCUUGCAUCAAUGUUUACUGCCUAAGAAAGAGAAAGUUAGUAUCCUCGUUCGGGAAACGCCGCCGCCGAUGAAUGACAUUGGUUCUGCCGAUGAAAUCGAAGGACCUGACUUGCGUGAUGUUCUCGACAUUGAACCGCCUUGGGAUAUCGAUGCAAUCGAUGAUGAUAUAAUCACUUCGGCAUCAUCAUCAUCCACUACUGGUCCUAUUACUCCGGAAGACAACGGUACGAAUGACGAAUUUGACAUAGAUGGAUCGGCUGAA